CCUUUCUUAAUUCCUCAUUUCAAUUUCCACUCCGAACAAAAACUCGACACAUCGAACCAAACACACUCCCACAUACGCACUCUCUCUCUCUAUAUAUAUAUCUGCUACUUCAACACACUCCGUCACCAACACUAUGCAUAAGUCAUCGAAGCGACCCAAGCUCUCUGAUUCUCCGCCGCCACCCAUGCCAUAUGACCUGUCUCCUCUAUCGCGCCGCCUCACCCACGAGCAGGAGCUUUCCAUUAUAGUCUCUGCACUCCGAAACGUUGUCUCCGGCACAGCCUCCAAUGCCCCUGUUGAUUUCUCGAGUGAGUUUCUCCAAUUCCCUUCUGAAUUGAGCGUCGGUGGUGCCAACUUCUUUUCUUCGUCCCCCAGUACUAGCACUGACAACGGGGAUGGGAAUUUGUUGAGGGCUUCAGAUUUGGACACGUGUCAGGUUUGUAAGAUCCAAGGGUGCCUUGGGUGCAAUUUUUUCCCGCCAUCACAAGAUGAAAGUAAUAAGACUCACAAUGGUAAUAAUAAGGCGAUCAAUAAGAAUGGUGGCAAUAACAAUAAAGCUACUCCGAAGAAGAGGGUGAAGAAAAACUAUAGGGGGGUGAGACAACGACCUUGGGGAAAAUGGGCCGCAGAAAUUCGGGACCCGAGGAAGGCCACUCGGGUCUGGCUCGGAACUUUCAACACUGCUGAGGACGCGGCCCGAGCCUAUGAUAAGGCCGCCAUUGAAUUUCGUGGGCCACGAGCCAAGCUCAAUUUUCCAUUUCCAGAUACUUCGUUGGUUCAGAAUGUCAGUAAUCUGCCUGAACCAGUGCAGAAUACAACGACGACGACUUCAGCAACAACAUCAUCAAUUUUCCAACAAAACAAUGUUUACGAGAAUCAGCAAAGUGGUUUUCAUGAAAUGUCAACUGACAUGGGAAUCGGUUCAACAGAAAAUGAUCAGUUAUUCUCAUUUGGAGAUGACGAACUUCAGCAAUGGAUGACUACUAUGAUGGAUUGUACGGGUGAUCAUUCAUCAGACUCAGGGAAUGGCUCUGGACUUCUUCAUUAUUAGCCAUUAUUUAAAUUAUAUAUUGUAAAUUUUUUCAAUUUUAUUUUUUAUUUAUAUUUUAUUGAUGAGAAGUAGUAAUUAAGUUUAAAUCAGUUUCAGGCCAAUUUUAUGUGAUGAAUUUUAGGUAAAAGUCACAAUUUCUUUUAGAGGGUUGAAAAUGAAUUUUAUUUCUCCCUCCUAUCUAUAUAUCCAAUGAAACUUGUCCAUUGUCAAGCA